AUGGACCUGCAUGCAUACAGGAUUGAUGACGAAUUUUCUUUGGUUGCUAUCUUCCCCCGUGUUUAUUUCACCGUUGAAAACCUGGAUAGUUUCAUAGUUGAAAAGUUUAAAGAGCCAUCUCUUUUGAUGACGGUCGUGGAAUUGCUGCAUGUUUUGGAUAGCUUAGCGGUUGUCGAUAUUAAAAAGGUUUGGGAAACCAGCCUGCUUGAUACUUUGAAGAGGGUUACCACGCAGGUACCGCUGAGGUCUAGAGUGUAUACUUAUAACGAUUUUGAGGCUCAUAAUUCUGUAGAGUCGAAAGUAAAAUUGGUUGCUCAACAACUCGAGCAUGUUUUGCAUGAGGAUGCGGAUGAGCAAUGUGAAUCCUACCGAUGCUGUUCUCUCUUGGAAUCACCCACUCUGUUAGACACUAUAACAGCAAUUACAUCUGCAGUUCUUCUUGGAUUGCACAACACUGACAUUUUGCCUGAUGUGAUAGCGGGUCUUUCCAUUCAUUGUGCUCUCAAUUCUCGCCUUUUAAUUGAACGCCUUGUUCUUAAUUUUCCGGAGAAGUGGUACGACAUUUACGAAUGUCUUCUGGGACGUAUUUCAAUUCUUAAAGGCAAUUCUGACCAUAAGGGAAGUGCUCGCUGUCUAGCAGUGUUGCAUCACCUGUCCACUUUCGUUCCUGAUAUGAAUGGACUUUUGAAUAAAUGCAUCCAACUUCGACAGUUGCCAAGUUUGGUUAUACAGUUGGCAAUAAAACAGUCCAACACUGGUGAAAACUUUUCUUUAAUUAAUUUUUUUAAACGAGUUUUACUUGACCAAGGUCGAAAAACCCAAUCAUGGUUUGGUGAAUACCUAAAAUCCGCUUGGGAGACGAAUCCCACACUUAUUGCUGAUGUAAACGAGAAGAUUUUGUCGGCUAUUUCAGGGAUUUUAGAUGAUUCGAAGGCUGUCCUACCCAAAGAGCAAUUGCUCCCUGCAUUAGAAUUUUUGCGAACGAUCGCAGCUUUGUGUGGCCAUACUGGCUUCGUGCUUUCAUCAAAGCUGCGUUCUUUCGUUCUGCACCUGAUUACUCAUCCUACAGGCAGAAGCGAAAAGGCUGUUAACUUCAUAUGCUUUUGCUUGGCUUUCAUAAUUGGGCUCCGAUCUUGUUUAUUCGAUAAUUCUGUCGGUCUUAAUGAGGCCAGCAGUGGGGAAACGGAGGAGCAGCUUGUUGUCUGGCUUCGGCGUCUGAUAUCUCGUCAGGAUAUUUUCCACACAUCUUUGCGUCAAUCGUCUUCCUACUCUGAGGUUCUUCUUCUAUUUGGACUACUCUUUAACGAUAGCCACCCAACCACCAUUCGCGACAUCAUCGUCAACACUCUUGACAUCGAUGCUCCCUGCUUUGUGCGCAACAUCUCCGCUUCUCGGAAGCUCUUUGCCCAGAAAGUCUUCACGUGUCAGUCUAUAGCUGCACAGGCUGCCCAUGUCCCUGUCACCGCCUGUUUGAACGCUCACAUAACCGGUAAUCUCCCCAUUCACUGCGUUUUUCAACUUUUGAAGAACCAUGCUUUCAAUAAAAAUAGAGUCCAGAUUAAAGGCUGGAUAUACCGUCAGAUUUGCGCGAGUGUUCGUCCAUUGCACCCGCUGAUGCUUGAACUCCUGGAGAUUUACGUCACCAAUGCAUUGACACAGACGGUCGGCCUGGCCAGCAGUCAGAUGAUAGGUGCGUGCGGCGGCUGCGUGCCUUUCACGGAGGCUGAGCUGUUCGUCCAGUUCUCCGAUCCCGCCUUUGGACCCGAUGCCCGCAUGUGCGCACCUGGCGCCACCGGUUUUGUCACCGACCUUGCCAUUGAUUCUGUUGCUGACGCUGUUCAAAUGGAUCUGACGCCUCAACUCCUUUUUCUCUAUUACAUGCUUUAUAUCUACGAUCAGGAGUUGAGCUCCCGGAGCACAGAUAAUCGGGGAAACCAGCGGUCUCAAGCAAAGGCAUCGCUGUCGCAGUUUUCGGACAAGCUUUGGGACGCUAUUCCGAUCACCUAUCUGCUACAAUAUGCACGCUCCAACCUCAGUUCUUAUCGCCAGCUUUAUCCUCGGCUACUGCAGUUGGUGACGGAGCACAGGCCUCAUCUAACGGUAGGAGAGCUGACCAUUCAGGAUGAAUUACUCCUCGAUCCCCUCUGGAAGUCUGCCUCGAGUUUCCAGUCCUUCAAUAGUUUCUGCGCUGCGGGACAUUUUGCUACGCCCACCAAGGCACCAUUACCGAAUGAACUUCUUUCAGGUCAGUUGUCCAUAAAGGUUGUUAUCAAAAUCAUGUUGGCUGUUCUUGUCGUUCAGCAUCAGGUACGUCACUCUGAAGGCAGACUAGUCGCAUCGAAAGAAACACUCCUCUGUCCUACGCAUUUUGCAGACAGAAUCCUCUUCUUUGCAGUCCUCGACCAAAUCCUGACACCAGGUGCCUCUCUGGACAGUCUCAAGUCUGCCGCAGCCGCGUGUAUUCGUGCAGUGAAUGCGCUCGUUGAAACGGUGAAUAGGCAGAGGGGUUUCUCGCGUCUGCGCCACCUACUGCCUUACGCGGAGGCUAUCGGUUGCCGUCUGCCUCGCAUUUUACUUGAGACUGCUGCACUAUCGGGUAAUCGGCGCUUCACCUCUGCUGUCUGUUUCCUCUGGCGCAGUCUCCAUUGCCUCAUGCCUCGCAGACUCGAAGUGUUAACGGUUAAAGCCUUAUCUUCCAAAAAGGAGACAUAUUCGAGGCUGACUCAUCAUGACCUUCUGAAAGAUCCCGUGGAAAACAUUGUCAUGGCCGUGGAUCAGAGAGUCUACAGAUGUCCACCAGUGCUCACUCUACUAAUUCGCAUAAUCGACUGCAAUCUGAGGGCCUCGCGCGCAUUCUGGUGGCACCGAGUUAUCAGUCGCCACUUCAUCGGACUGACGAGUACCAUCGCAUCUGAGAAGCGGGAAACUCUUACUACUGCUAGCGCAACCCCUCUUCCUCUCGUCCCCAUCACAGGGGAUAUGGAGAUGCAGGGAUUUGCGCGGGGAAGGCGAACCGGAGGGAAUGGCAGAUCUACUCUGGAACCCGCUUCUGGUAGCGGUAUUAUUGGGGAGAGCAGUGCUGCGUCGUCUUCUCAACCAAAUGCUCUGGAACCACUGGCCUCUGAUGAUUUGUGUGAUCGCUUAAGAACGACUCUUGUCACCUGCCAGGAUGCCACAGUUGUGCAGCUCCUGCUGGAAUUCUGUCUGCCCACUGCUGAGGAAAAGCGUUUGAAUUCCGAGGUCACGGAUUUACGUGAAGUUCAAAAUAUAAUUUGUGCUUUCAUCCACUUUCUCUUCAUCGGUGAUCCAAAUUUGGCGAAGGUUGUCUUUUGGCAGACUUACCCGAGAUCAUUAAAUCCGCUAGCGACCCGGGCCAUACCGUCCAUUCAAGUCUGCGCGGACACUGUACUGGAGGUUUUUGUAAAGAGCGGAAGUCUGGAAGAUGUAGUCUUCUGUCUGGACUUUGUCUCCCAUCUCGCUUUGCAUUGCACCUUUACUUCAAUGCUCAAUCUUGCCACGUAUGCCGUUGAGGUUAUGCAUUUCAUAUUUACUCAUCUGGCCAGCUUGGAGGAGAUGGCAUCCCUUUUGAUAGCUUGUGGGCCAGCUUUUUGUCGCCUGGGGUCCGCCUUUCCAAGCAUUGGCCAUCGCCUGGCUGCUAUCCUCCUCAGUGCCAUGGCAGCUCUGGCCGAGGCUGUCACCUUGGCCGGUGGAUCGAGACAUCGCGACAUCCUAGUGAGACGCAUUGUCACUCUCAAAUCGGUCGUCCUUUCCGAUCUCAAUGAUGCAUCCCCCAAAAGUUUGGACUUGGUGAAGGGCGACGCGGAUAGCUUGCCGAGGCUGCAUCAUCUGACGAGGACAGAGAAGUGCUUCUUUGCGUGUGUGCAGGCGAUGUUCUGGUUCAAUCAACUUGUGCGCCUCACAACUGCCCAACGGCGCCUCUCCCUUCCACCAAGCAUUGAAGAACUACCCUCUCUCCUGACUUGUCAAUCGUUCUCCUCUUUGUACAGUUCUUAUCAUUCAGAAAAGUAA